AAAAUUAAUUUCUGUUGUGUGAGCCACCCAGUUUGGGGGACUUUGUUAUGGCAGCCUGAGCUGACUCAUGACACCCACCCGGAUGACGGUGCCCGACACACUGACUGCAGCACAGCCUCGGUGCGGCCCAGCAGCGAUGUCUGUUACAGCAAUAGGUCUGCAGCUGUGGGCAGCAGCGCAUCCGGCCUUGCCUGUCCCGGCAGAUUCUUCGGGGAAACCUGCCUGCACCGUUCUGGGCACUGGGGACACAGCACUGGGUGAGAUGAAAUCCCUGCCCUCGUGGAGUUCGCCACCUAGUCAGGGUGGACAGACAAUAAAACAAGUAAGUUAUGUUACACGUGGGGCGGUGACAGAUGCCAUGGAGAAAAGUGCAGGAAUGCUGGGAGACAGGGUCAUUUUACUUUGGUGCAAGAUGGUUCUAGAAGCCUCACUGAGAAGGUGUUGCAUAAGCCAAGACCUGGAGCCGAGCUGGAGGGACCCUGACCUGCUCAAGAGUGUGCCCCUGUGAGCUGGGGACGUGGAGCAUAAUUCUGGUUUAGCAAUAAACAGAACGUCACCUCCUUCGGGGGGUGGUCCUGUCCCACCACGAAUUAGGAUUCUGUGUGCAUAGGAGAGAGACAUGCUUGUUUUCUAGUUUUACUUGUAUCGGCAGAACAGUGCAUAAAUAGAGGACAUGCUUGGUGGACAGUCUUUUCUCUCAGUUGACUGUUGCACCUUGUUCUGAUUGGCCUGGCCUUGGCACCAAAAGUCCCAUGUCCUGGGAAUCCCUGAAACCCCCAGCUGCCUGAACGGUGGGCCCCAUUUUGUACAUCCUGACCUCCCCAUCGCUGCUGACAGCAGGUGUUUCCCACCUGGAAACAGUCUUGCUGAAACGGGAUCACAGAAGGUAUGGGGAGACUCCUUUUACACACAGCCUGACACUUGGCUCUGCAAAGGAUUAAACAUCCACUUUUUGUAAAUUUCUCCUGAAUGCUCAUUUUUCAAAAUGUAAAGAGCUCUUUAAACUCCUGUAUUCUUGGGGUAAAUUGGGAAGGAUCGGGUGGAGGUGAGUCAAUGAGACUGACUCGGGAACUCGCAGACGCUGGGAUGCCAAGGAAGGCUCUGUUGGCAUGUGCUGGGCUGCCCCCCUCCCUCCAGGCCCCCAGAGAAACCUUUCUCUGCAUCUAGUAAAAGCUGGCUCCACGCUGGAUUUUGUCUGCUCUUGUACAGACAGCGGCUGGGCCUGGUGUUUUUCACAAUCUGUUCCCAGCAUCAGCUCAUUGUCACAUUGUUGUCAGGAAAAUUCACACAACCACAGUGACUGUGCAGAGGACUUCAAGCAACAGAUGCCAUAUAAGGAAGACAAACCCCAGGUGCCCUUGGAGUCGGAUUCCGUGGAAUUCAACAACGCCAUCAGCUACGUGAAUAAGAUCAAGACCCGCUUCCUGGACCACCCGGAAAUCUACAGGUCCUUCCUGGAGAUACUGCACACGUACCAGAAGGAGCAGCUGAACACGAAGGGCCGGCCGUUCCGAGGCAUGUCUGAAGAGGAGGUGUUCACCGAGGUGGCCAACCUCUUCCGGGGCCAGGAGGACCUGCUCUCGGAGUUUGGACAGUUCCUUCCUGAAGCCAAGCGGUCCCUGUUCACGGGAAACGGGCCGUGCGAAAUGAACAGCGUCCAGAAGAACGAGCACGAGAAGAGUCUGGAACACAGCAAAAAGCGCUCCCGGCCCUCGCUCCUCCGGCCCGUGUCGGCGCCGGCCAAGAAGAAAAUGAAACUCCGUGGUACCAAAGACCUGUCCAUUGCAGCUGUGGGGAAGUAUGGGACUCUGCAGGAAUUCUCCUUCUUUGACAAGGUACGCAGGGUGCUGAAGAGCCAGGAGGUGUACGAGAACUUCCUCCGCUGCAUCGCGCUCUUCAACCAGGAGCUGGUGUCCGGCUCUGAGCUUUUGCAGCUUGUCAGCCCGUUUCUAGGGAAAUUUCCGGAACUCUUUGCACAGUUCAAGUCCUUCCUGGGGGUGAAAGAGCUGUCAUUUGCACCUCCCAUGAGCGACAGAUCCGGGGACGGAAUAAGCCGGGAAAUCGACUACGCUUCUUGCAAGCGCAUCGGAUCUAGCUACCGGGCGCUCCCCAAAACCUACCAGCAGCCCAAGUGCAGUGGGAGGACGGCCAUCUGCAAGGAGGUUCUGAAUGACACCUGGGUCUCCUUCCCCUCCUGGUCGGAAGACUCCACCUUCGUCAGCUCCAAGAAGACGCCUUACGAGGAGCAGCUGCACCGCUGUGAGGACGAGCGUUUCGAGUUAGACGUCGUCCUGGAGACCAACCUGGCCACCAUCCGGGUGCUGGAGAGCGUGCAGAAGAAGCUCUCCCGGAUGGCGCCGGAAGACCAGGAGAAGUUCCGCCUGGACGACUCCCUGGGGGGCACAUCGGAGGUGAUCCAGCGUCGCGCCAUCCACCGCAUCUACGGUGACAAGGCCCCGGAGAUCAUUGAGAGCCUCAAGAAGAACCCUGUCACUGCCGUCCCAGUCGUCCUGAAAAGGCUGAAGGCCAAGGAGGAGGAGUGGCGGGAGGCCCAGCAGGGCUUCAACAAGAUCUGGCGGGAGCAGUAUGAGAAGGCGUACCUCAAGUCCCUUGACCACCAGGCUGUGAACUUCAAGCAGAACGACACCAAGGCCCUGCGCUCCAAGAGCUUGCUCAAUGAGAUCGAGAGUGUCUACGAUGAGCACCAGGAGCAGCACUCGGAGGGCCGGAGCGCCCCCUCCAGCGAGCCGCACCUCAUCUUCGUGUACGAGGACCGGCAGAUCCUGGAGGAUGCGGCGGCCCUCAUCAGUUACUAUGUGAAGCGGCAGCCGGCCAUCCAGAAGGAGGACCAGGGUACCAUCCACCAGCUGCUACACCAGUUCGUGCCCAGCCUCUUCUUCUCCCAGCAGCUGGACCUGGGUGCGUCGGAGGAGUCGGCUGACGAGGAUCGGGACAGCCCCCAGGGGCAGGGUGCAGACCCCGGCGAGCGGAAAAAGCCAGCGCCGGGGCCACAGAGCAGCCCCCCGGAGGAGAAGGGGGCCUUCGGGGACAUGCCGGCCGCUGAGCAGCUGCCGAUUCCGCCACCACACAAGCCCCUGGACGACGUCUACAGCCUCUUCUUUGCCAACAACAACUGGUACUUCUUCCUGCGGCUGCACCAGACCCUGUGUUCGCGGCUGCUGAAGAUCUACCGCCAGGCGCAGAAGCAGCUCCUGGAGUAUCGGACGGAGAAGGAGCGCGAGAAGCUGCUCUGCGAGGGCCGCAGGGAGAAGGGCAGCGACCCCGCCAUGGAGCUACGGCUGAAGCAGCCCAGUGAGGUGGAGCUGGAGGAGUACUACCCGGCCUUCCUGGACAUGGUGCGCAGCUUGCUGGAGGGCAGCAUCGACCCCACGCAGUACGAGGACACCCUGCGGGAGAUGUUCACCAUCCACGCCUACAUCGGCUUCACCAUGGACAAGCUGGUGCAGAACAUCACGCGGCAGCUGCACCACCUCGUGAGCGACGACGUCUGCCUGAAGGUGGUGGAGCUGUACCUGACCGAGAGGAAGCGGGGGGCUGCUGGCGGGAACCUGUCCUCUCGCUGCGUCCGUGCCGCCAGGGAGACCAGCUACCAGUGGAAGGCCGAGCGGUGCAUGGCCGACGAGAACUGCUUCAAGGUGAUGUUCCUCCAGCGCAAAGGGCAGGUGAUUAUGACCAUCGAGCUCCUGGACACUGAGGAGGCCCAGACAGAGGACCCUGUGGAGGUCCAGCACCUGGCCCGGUAUGUGGAGCAGUACGUGGGGACCGAGGGUGCGUCCAGCUCACCCACUGAGGGCUUCUUCCUGAAACCUGUGUUCCUGCAGAGGAACCUCAAGAAGUUCCGCCGCCGGUGGCAGAGCGAGCAGGCGCGGGCCCUGCGUGGCGAGGCCCGGAGCUCCUGGAAGCGACUGGUCGGGGUAGAGAGCGCGUGCGAUGUGGACUGCCGCUUCAAGCUCAGCACGCACAAGAUGGUGUUCAUCGUCAACUCUGAGGACUACAUGUACCGCCGCGGCACCCUCUGCCGCGCUAAGCAGGUGCAGCCGCUGGUGUUGCUCCGCCACCACCAGCACUUUGAGGAGUGGCACGGCCGCUGGCUGGAGGACAACGUAACAGUGGAGGCAGCCAGCCUGGUGCAGGACUGGCUGAUGGGUGAGGAGGACGAGGACAUGGUGCCCUGCAAGACGCUCUGCGAGACGGUGCACGUGCAUGGCCUGCCCGUGACCCGCUACCGUGUGCAGUACAGCCGCCGCCCGGCCUCGCCCUGACCUGGCCCGCCGCAGCUGGCGCCUCACAGGGCACCCACCUCCCUCGGCCUGGCCCCAUCGGGGGCGUGUUCACUGACAACUUGAGGGGAGCGUCUCCCAGCCCCGCCGCUGCGGGACAGCUGCUCCAGAGCAGGGCACCGCCUCCCCCAGCGCCUCGGCUUCCUAUGGACCCGUCACGUGCCAGCCUGAGCCUCCUGCCCUCGAACCCUGGGGCUCAGCCCCCGCCACAGGGGUGGGUGGGCGCCCUGGCCAAGGAACAAGCGACUGUGUUUGUGCACCUGCCCUGGCCCCGUCCGUCCUUCACACGUGCCAAACCCCCGGCAGGCAGCACCACUGUCCUGUAUUCAUAGGUGUCCUGGAAAAGUGGCAGAUGAGCCCCUCGAGACACACCCUUGGGAAGGUGUCCGAGAGACGAGGAAGGAGUCGGGCCCUGGGUGGACCCGCUUGAAAAGCGAGUCCUCUGGGAACACGCUGAGAGCUGCCAGAAACGCCGAGCCGAUGCCCAGGGCCCUCAGUGAGCCCUUCAGCCACACCGUCGGGUCCCGCUUGGCAGUGAGGGCCACGAGCAGGCAGGAGGAGCCUCCGGGAGCCCCACUCUGGACAAAAGAGAUGCUGAACCCCAUGUCGGCUGGGCCCACGGGGGCAGCUGUCUGCUUGGCCGACGUUCCUGCCUGGCCCGCGUGCCCCCGCCGUAGGGAGGGCUCGGCCACGGGCGCGAGGUGGAUGGGGCCUAGGGAGACGCACACGCACAGCAUAUUUAUUCCUUUAUGCUCUCAGUGCUUGUAACUUCUGCAGCCAAGUCCCGGGCUCCUUGGGGAUGAGCUCUCUCCUCAUGGGACUCUGAGUGCCACCCUGACCCCCCAUUCCUGCAGCUGCCCCCGAGGAGCCAAGUGUCCUCCCACCCAUCCCAGGCCCGUCACAGGGCAGCCUGGCCUCUCAGCAGGCCAUUUGGUCCCUUUGUGAGGGGCUGAGGUGACUGUCCCGCAGAGGCUCUCUGUGCCAAGAGUCCCGAGCGGCUGGGGCUGGGGUGGCCCAGACCCGUCCCUUGCUGAGAACCCCAGCCUGGCCCUGGCACCUGCACACCUGGGGCGUCUCCAUCCACAGGUAGGCCCGGAACAACCACAGCCCUCGUCCUCAUGCCACAGAGCUGUGCCAAACUCAAGGUUCCAGGAGGUGGCCACAUGUUUCUGGAGGUUUCCUAGGGACCUGGGGGGAUUCUGAGGCUGACCCGCCUGCCCACGGCCAUCCCCGGCAUUUCCCCAAGCGUGACGCAGGCACUGUGUGCACACGCAUCCUGGUUACCCCUGGGGUUCCUGAACCGGACCUUGGCCAGCCUGCCCCCCGGGGGGCCUCAUGGGCCAUACCCCAGGCCCGGAGAUCCCUCAGAGCCCUGCCUUUGUCACCCCAACCCCUACCCAACCCCGCAUGCUUCUAGGGAGCGUCUCUUUUCCGUUUUUUGAGGAAUUUCUGUUCCGGGUCUUGCUAUUCCUUUGCAGAUGUUUUGAAUGUAGUUUUCCUUUUCUAUUUAUUUGCACAUUAAAGUUAAAAAUUAAAUAUUGAUGUAAA